AUGAUUAUCAAGGAGUACCGAGUUGUGCUUCCAAUGUCCGUCGAAGAGUACCAAGUAGGCCAGCUCUGGUCUGUGGCCGAGGCCUCAAAAGCCGAAACGGGUGGCGGUGAAGGUGUGGAAGUGCUCAAAAAUGAGCCAUUUGACAAUGUUCCACUGCUCAAUGGACAAUUCACGAAAGGACAAUAUACUCAUAAGAUUUAUCAUCUUCAAUCGAAAGUCCCGGCAAUUUUGCGAAAAAUCGCGCCAAAAGGUUCUCUGGCUAUCCACGAAGAAGCAUGGAAUGCCUAUCCGUACUGUAAGACGGUUGUCACGAAUCCAGACUAUAUGAAAGAGAAUUUCUAUGUGAAAAUUGAGACAAUCCACUUGCCGGACAACGGAACGACCGAAAAUGCGCACGGUUUGAAGGGCGAUGAGCUGGCGAAACGAGAAGUUGUCAAUAUUAAUAUUGCAAAUGAUCACGAGUAUUUGAAUUCCGGAGAUUUGCAUCCAGACUCCACUCCAUCCAAAUUUCAGAGCACAAAAACCGGGCGCGGUCCUUUAUCUGGAAAUUGGAAGGAUAGUGUACAGCCUGUAAUGUGUGCCUACAAGCUUGUUACAGUCUAUUUCAAGUGGUUUGGAUUCCAGAAAAUUGUCGAAAACUACGCGCAUACGCAAUACCCUCGCCUGUUCUCGAAAUUCCAUCGGGAAGUAUUCUGCUGGAUCGAUAAAUGGCACGGCCUUACAAUGGUCGAUAUUCGAGAAAUCGAGGCAAAAGCCCAGAAAGAGCUCGAAGAGCAAAGGAAGAGUGGACAAGUUCGUGGAAUGAAUGGAUAAAUGGACCACCGGGCCGUGUUUGGGCUCAAAUUCUAGUCUUUUUCCGAUUUUUUUCAUCGCUCUUAUUUCUCUAAUUCUCUCUCUCUCUCUCUCUCUCUCUCUCGCUUCCUCCCACCCAUCCACCUGCCCCAUGAUGAACUGUGUGAUUAUUUGAGUAGUGUGAAUUUUGGGAAUUUUGCUUAAAAAUUUCUAAAAUUAUGUUAAAUUUGAAAAAAAAAGAAAAAUCACGAAAAAUCAAAAACUCUACUUAAAAACCGCUUUUUUUGAAUUUCCCGCCAAAAUGAGACUUUCGACCAAUCAGCGAUUCGCUCCACCCACUUUCGGACCAAUCAUUGGUCCAAAACUGGGCGUAGCGAAGCGCUGAUUGGUCGCUGUUUUUUUUGAAUUUUUUUAUAGCAAAACAUUCGGAAAUUAAAAAAAAAUGGCGAAAAAUAUAACUUUAAACUCGUAAUUUUUGAAUUCCCGCCUUCGAACUCCGCCCACCUGUUCUGAUUGGUUGAAUGAUGGGCGGAGCGAAUCGCUGAUUGGUCGCAGAAAAUCUCGUUUUUUUUGGUGAUUUUUUGAAAAUUUUCAAAGCAAAUAUUCCGAAAUUUUGAAAAAAUGCGAAAAAUUUAUAAUUCCCGCCAAAAUGUGAACUCCCCGACCAAUCAGCGUCUUCGAACUCCGCCCACGCGUUCUGAUUGGUUGAAUGAUGGGCGGAGCGAAUCGCUGAUUGGUUGACGUAUUUUUCACUUUUUUUAAAAAAUUUUUUGCCUAUUUUUCGAUUAUUUUAAAGCAAAAGUCCCCAUUUUUUCACACUGCUCCCCUUUUAAAAACUAUUUUUUUUUUCUUAUUUUUUUCGUCCCGGCGCCAUUUUUUCACUCACUUUAUCCACACACACCAGCUCCCACUCACUAGAAUACAUAGCUCUUUUUUGUCCUUAAAAUCGACACCAGUGUGAAAUCAACAACAAAAGUUGCUCACUAUUUAUUAUAUAGCUUCUGAAAUGAAAUGCAAAAAAAAUCUCAUAUCACCCCGCACCCCCAGCUCUUUAUUAUAGAAAAUGAUAAUUUAUACAGUUUUUUUUUG